AUGUCAUUAUCAUCAAAGCUUUCCGUAAAGGACUUAGACGUCAAGGGUAAGAGAGUCUUCAUCAGAGUUGACUUCAACGUCCCAUUGGACGGUAAGACUAUCACCAACAACCAAAGAAUUGUUGCUGCCUUACCAACAAUCAAGUAUGUUUUGGAAAACGAACCAAAGGCUGUCAUCUUAGCUUCCCACUUGGGUAGACCAAAUGGUGAACGUGUCGACAAGUACUCAUUAGCUCCAGUUGCCACUGAAUUGGAAAAGUUAUUGGGAAAGAAGGUUAACUUCUUAGACGACUGUGUCGGUGAAAAGGUUGAAGCUGCCGUCAAUGGUUCCAAGGAUGGUGAAGUUUUCCUUUUAGAAAACUUGAGAUUCCACAUCGAGGAAGAAGGUUCUUCCAAGGUCGACGGUAAGAAGGUCAAGGCCUCUGCUGAAGAUGUCAAGAAGUUCAGAGAACAAUUGACUGCCUUGGCUGAUGUUUAUGUCAACGAUGCCUUUGGUACCGCCCACAGAGCACACUCUUCCAUGGUUGGUUUAGAAUUACCACAAAAGGCUGCUGGCUUCCUUAUGGCCAAGGAAUUGGAAUACUUUGCUAAGGCUUUAGAAAACCCAACUAGACCAUUCUUGGCCAUCUUAGGUGGAGCCAAGGUCUCUGAUAAGAUUCAAUUGAUCGACAACUUACUCGACAAGGUUGACUUGUUGAUCGUCGGUGGUGGUAUGGCCUUCACCUUUAAGAAGGUGUUGGACAACAUGGCCAUUGGUGACUCUCUUUUCGAUGCUGAAGGUGCUAAGCAAGUCGAACACUUGGUCGCUAAGGCUAAGAAGAACAACGUCGAACUUGUCUUACCAGUUGAUUUCGUCACUGCUGACAAAUUUGCCAAGGAUGCUCAAGUUGGAACAGCCACCCAGGAAGAAGGUAUCCCAGACAACUGGAUGGGAUUGGAUGCUGGUCCAAAAUCUAUUAAGUUAUUUGAAGCCACUGUUGCCAAGGCUAAGACCAUUGUCUGGAACGGUCCUCCAGGUGUGUUCGAAUUCGAUGCCUUCGCCAAGGGUACCAAGGCCUUAUUAGACGCCGCCGUUAAGUCUGCUGAAGAAGGUAACACCGUCAUCAUUGGUGGUGGUGACACUGCCACUGUUGCCAAGAAAUUCGGUGUUGUUGAAAAGUUAUCACACGUUUCAACUGGUGGUGGUGCUUCUUUGGAAUUGUUAGAAGGUAAGGAAUUACCAGGUGUUACUGCUAUUUCUUCUAAAUGA